CCUUUCUUUACUUUCUUUGUCUGCAGAGAAUCGUAAAGAAAAAGAAAAAUUAAAGCAAGAAAGUUUUCCCCGAUAAAUUGUUCAAUAUUGAAGCUUAGGGAAGAAAAAAAAAAAACAAAAGUCAACCCCAUUGCAGAAAACAUGUCAGAGCUUCAAUGCGAUUGGUACUCGCCGACUCGUCUCCGUAGUAAUCCGGCCACCCAAUACGAUUUUCCGGGAGAUCGGUUUAUACCAAAUAGGAGUUUGAUGGAUCUAGAUCAAGCCCACAGUUUGUUGACAAACCGGACCAAAUCACAACGCAAUUCCAGUUUCAAUGAAAUGUACAGACGAAAAGUGGAGGCGAAACUGACGUUGGACUCGGAAGGGAAGCCGUUUAGGAUGUUGGUAUUCAGAGGAAGCCCGAAAUCGAGUCGGAAAUCGAUUCGUUGCGUGGACGAGAUGCGACAGGAUGAGGAAGAGGAACUGCAAAAACAUACCAAGCACUAUAACUUAAGAAGAUUGCCAAAGGUAGAAGCCAGGAUUUUGGAUGCACCAAAUAUCAAGAAUGACUUCUACAUGAACAUAUUGGAUUGGGGGAACAACAGCCUCAUCGCGGUCGCGUUGGGAUCGGAAUUGUAUCUUUGGAAUUCGGAGAACAAGAAGGUAGAGAAGCUGUUGGCAGUUGGUGAGAAUGAUUACCCCACAAGUGUCGUCUGGUCUAAAGAUGCCAAAACUUUGGCAGUUGGAUAUAUGGGCUCAAAGCUCCAACUUUGGGAUGCUGAGACUUCCAAACUUGUUAGAACCUUAGAAGAUCAUAAGAAAAGGGUAGCAACCAUUGCAUGGAACGGUCACAUUCUUACAUCAGGAAGCCAAGACAAGUCCAUCAUUAACCAUGACGUCAGGGCAGCGAGCAAUGUGGUUUGCCGAGUAGAGGCACAUGCCGACGAAGUCUGCGGUUUGAAAUGGUCGGAAACAGGCAAUAUGUUGGCGAGUGGUGGCAAUGAAAAUCACAUUUUCAUUUGGGAAUCUGCCAAAUUGAGUUCCUCGAAAUUCUUGUACCGUUUCAAAGACCACCGUGCAGCAGUGAAGGCACUUGCUUGGUGCCCGUAUCAGUCCGAGGUGCUUGCUUCUGGAGGAGGCACCAAUGACGGAAGCAUUAAGUUAUGGAAUACGCAAAAGGGCACCUGCAUUAGCAGCAUAGAGACCAAAGCGCAGAUUUGCGGACUGGAGUGGAACAGGCAUCACAAGGAGUUACUAAGUGGACAUGGCUUUAGCAGCGGUGAGCGUCCGAACCAGCUAUGUUUGUGGAGGUACCCUUCAAUGGCUAAAGUUGGAGACUUGAAGCGUCAUUCAUCCAGAGUUCUCCACCUUUCACAGAGCCCUGAUGGUUUAACUGUGGCAUCAGCGGGUGCAGACGAGACUCUUCGCCUUUGGGAGGUGUUUGGACCACCCUCCGCUGAUAAUUCGAGACUCUCGGAACUGGACAGACUUUUGUCCCUCAAAACUUCUCCCAUAAGAUAAUGAAAUGCUUCAUGGCAUUGGUUUUGGUUUUCUCGUGAAUACAAAGGAAACAAUGAGGUGUUUGCUUUCUUGUGAUUAUUAGGAUGUAUAUUAGAUGUUGUAAUAAGGUCUUCAUG